GCCUCCCGCCGUUGGAACUGGCGUAACGCGACGGGCGGGGCCAGGAAGUUUGUUCCCGAGUUCGGAGCCCAGGAGUCCCCGCGGCCGUCGCUCAGGUGCCCUCCGCCGGGUCGGGAUGGAGCUGCCUGCCGUGAACUUGAAGGUUAUUCUCCUGGUUCACUGGCUGUUGACAACCUGGGGCUGCUUGGUGUUCUCAAGCUCCUAUGCUUGGGGCAACUUCACUAUCCUGGCCCUGGGUGUGUGGGCUGUGGCCCAGCGGGACUCUAUAGAUGCCAUAGGCAUGUUUCUUGGUGGCUUGGUUGCCACCAUCUUCCUGGACAUUAUCUACAUUAGCAUCUUCUACUCGAGUGUUGCCAUUGGGGACACUGGCCGCUUCGGUGCCGGCAUGGCCAUCCUCAGCUUGCUGCUGAAGCCCUUCUCUUGCUGCCUUGUCUACCACAUGCACCGUGAACGAGGGGGUGAGCUCCCCCUCCGCCCCGAUUUCUUCGGACCCUCUCAGGAGCACAGUGCCUACCAGACAAUUGACUCAUCAUCAGACGCUGCUGCAGACCCCUUUGCAAGCCUGGAGAACAAGAGCCAAGCUGCCCCCCGGGGGUACUGAAGCUGUCCCUGGUCGUCCUGGUCCCCAGCAGGAUUCUUGUCACCUUCUUUACCUGGACCUACAAUGGGACAUCCGCCAUUCCCUAUCACAGAGGUGGCCUGAGUCGUGUGCCCUUGGAGGUCAAGAGCCUCUAGCUUCUCAGCGGAAAAGAGCCCAGUCCUAAUUCUCCAGGCUACCCCUCCCUUCAAGACACCUGUUAACCCCUGGGCUAGAGCUGUGGUUGGUUUUUUCCCCUCCUCCCCCAUAACUAUAACACACUCCUACUGAACUGCGCAGAGUGCUCAGGGCCAGCCAGGCCUUACGGGUCAGUGAUCACUGCCGCUCGGGCUGCCCCACGGUGAUCAGCCCUUCCUAGAAGCUCUGUGAGCUUGUGGUCCUGCUCAGCCUGUUCUGCAAAGGGGCAAAGUUCCUGUGCCUGUCACGGCCUCAUGACUUGGUGCCUGAGAACCCCAGGCCUGGAUGCAGUAGUUCUGCAGAGGCCCCUCUCAGAGCGCUGGCAUUAAAAAUUUGGGGGUUCUGUGGCUGCGCUGUGUCUGAGCCACGAUUGAGCUCCAAGCACGGACCCGCCCUGCUGUCUUGGUAUGAUUUCACCUUUGAGUCAAGAGCCUGGUGGAAGGAAGGGCUCCCUGUGGGCCUGUGGCAGGGAGCCUGACUGUGGCCAAACGGUCAGUGUGGCAUGUGGACAGACAUCUGUCCUCUGAAUCUAAGUGACUACCACUGCCUCUGAUACUGACCCAUGAGGCAGGGCAUGGGUGACUCCCUCUAUCUCCUGCGUUCUUACCACAGUCGACUGCCUCCUGAGGUUCCAGGGCCCCCACUCUUACUGCCAGAUCUCUGGGGACAGAUACUUGAAGACUUAUGGGGAACCACAGGCUGAGGUGACUGUCCUGAAAGGACUGUCUGCACACCUGUGGACAGGCAGGGAGGCUGAGUGACAGCAUCUGUGGAAAGUGAACACUCCCCCACCCCCUUCUGAACGGGGUCACUGUGGUCCAUCUGCUCUGUGGAACACCAUCCCAUACAAUCAGCAUCCUGAGCCCAGAGUGAGCAGAGUGAGGAGCAGCGUGAGCCACUAGAGGGCGGUAGUUGUGAAGCAACCUCUCACAAAACCCUUAAGGUUUGUUUAGGUUGUAUGCAGCACAGUAUAAAACACAAGCCGGGGCCCAGAGACACGGCUCAGCAGCAGGUGAAGGGAGUCUACUACUGAGCGUGACAAUCUGUGUUUAGUCUUGGACCGACUUGAGAAAGUUGUCCUCUGACCUCCACACAUACUCUUGUCAUGGUAUGAGGUUUUACACAGAGAGAGAUACAGAUAAAUGUAAAAACAAACAACCCAGAAUAUUAAAAAACCUGCCUGGUGGGUGGUUAAUCCCAGCACUCAGGAGGCAGAGGCAGGUGAAUGUCAGAGAUUGAGGCCAGCCUGGUCUACAGAGUGAAUUCCAGGACAGCUAGGGCUACACAGAGAAACCCUGUCUACAAAAACAACAAAAAAGCUCUGGGAUGCAUGUCAAGUUCCUGACUGCAGAGGCCUUGCGGGAGAAGGGAACAUGAGGCCUGCGGCAAGGAAGAUGGAAAACCCAGGGUGUUUCUCCUGUUUCUGGGCAGCUUCUAGGCAGAAGGAAGGCCUGGUGUAUCAGUGCCAUGUCUCUUGGAAUAGGUCAUGCUUGCAGAGACGAAUAAGGUGAAGCAGGGGCUCAGCCUAAGUAGUUAUUUGUGGAGGAGGCAUGUGCCACAGUACUAACAUGGAGGUCAGAGGACAACUUGCAGGAGUCAGUUCCACCCUGUGGGACCCAGAGAUCAAACUCAUAUUUUAGUGACAAGGCCCUUCCCCAACAGGCCAUCUCAACUGGUCCUUUGAAAUUUAAAACAAGGUUCUCUGGUUGCAGAGAGGGUUGGACCUGCAGGGCUGUUCUGGAGACUGAGUAGGGCACACCAGCAGUUUGGCAGACAGAACACUGAGUGCCUCAGGGGCAGUUUCUCAGGAAGACUCAAUUCAGAACAAGCAAGCAAUUGACUUGCAAACUGGACAAGUGACUUCAGCUCUGCAGGCAACAGGUAAGAGAGCUCCCGAGAACGGCAGGCUCUAGACUAAAACCUGGGAGCCAGCCUGUUUCCAAACCACCACGGGGCCUUGUGGCACAAAGGCAGGUGCCUGUGAGAGCAGCUGGUUGAAGAGCCCCAUCCCACAAGCACAGCCUUCUGGACCCUGCCCGGCCACCCUGUGCCCCACCAGCCUGUGUGCUCCUGUUGGCUCUCCAGUCAGUGGCAACUACAGGGUACAGCCCCAAUCCUGCUGUUAAUGAUUCCUGGCUUCUCUCUUCAGUGCAUCAGUAGUUCCUGCAGGCCCACCUUCAGAGUGUGUCCAGGAGGUGACAGCUUGUCACAUUCCCACAAGUACAAACUAUCCUUUUAGGGUGUAUCAACCAGUCACAUUCAGAUUCGGAUACUGACGCAUGCUCUCUUGAGCUCUCACUCAGUGGAAGGCAGUCUCCAUGGUGGCUCCCAAUCUGCUCUUCUGCUAUCUGACACUAAGUGAUCCAGCCACACCACUUCCUAACCACAUGCAGGCCAGUGCUCCAGGCCAGGCUUCCUGGGGGGCUGCCCCUCCACCUAGACCCUCUCUAGUCCACGGCUGCCUCUAGGGCAUGUCUCUUCUCUUCACCCACCUAUUCUGGCACCUGAUGCACCUCUUCAUGGAGCUAUUCUGUAAGGCAGGUGGCUAGCACCGGUGCCCCUCCAUGUUUCUGCUUGCCUCAGGGCCUCUCCUCCAUCAGCUGGAAGUUUGUCACGUAAUUAAAUCUAAAGGUACCCUGAGAUUUCUGUAUAGGAAACAACUGUUUUAAAAAUCUCACUGUGGGGAGGCAGAGACAGGCAGAUUUCUGAGUUCGAGGCCAGCCUGGUCUACAAAGUGAGUUCCAGGACAGCCAGGACUAUACAGAGAAACCCUGUCUCGAAAAACAACACAAAAAAUCUCACUGUGUCUCAGUUUCCUGGUCUGAAAAGUGGGGAUAAGAUGGGCUAUUGCGAUAGCUCAGUGGGCAGGGGGUACAUACUGCCAGUGCGGAUGAUCUGGGUUCGAUUCCUAGGACAUGUAUAAGAAGAGACUUUUCACCUCCAUAUAAACACCAUGGCACUUGGCACGUGUGUAUGUGUGUGUGCUUGCACACACACUCGGUAAAAAUGUAAAAUAAAGUGAGGAUAAAAAUCGUGUGUGACUCAGGGACUAGUGAAGGUUGAGAAUAGUGGAAUCUCAAUGGUCAAUAAAUGUUAAAGCUUA